AUGCUUAGGGAUCGGUUAGGAGAAUUGCUAGAAUGGGGGGUAUCUAAUGGUGUUCAAUUGCCAACUGGAGUCGAGUUUAGGACAUGUGAAGAGAAAGGUAUUGUGGUUGUAGCAAGUGAACGAGUAGAGGAGGCUGAAUUCAAGCUCCCAGCAGAGCUCAUUCUUACCAGUAGAUUAGCUGAAAAGCAUUUCAGUAGACACGAUAACCCGAAUAUCUGGUUUAAAGCUUUGGUUGCCAAAAUGAAGUUUUCGAAGGAAGCUGUGAUGGUAGGUGAUAAAGAUAUUGCACUGUACUUCGGGAAAUAUAUGAAUUGCUUACCUGAAGAAGUUGACUCUCCGCUUAUUUGGAAGCCAGAUGAAUUGGAACUAUUGGAUGGUACUAAUAUCGGGGGUUCAAUUUCAGAAAAAUUGGAUUUGAUCGUCAAUGACUGGCGAUAUGUGAUCAACGAGCUUGGUUUUGACGUUCCCCAAGCUGUUCAGGAACAGUUGGUUUUUGCUGCUCGGAUGCUAGCUGAACCUAAUGAUGUCUCCAAGGAUGAAAUUUAUAAUAUGCUGAUUAAGCAUCCUAAAGAUGGGGAACCCCAUUGGCUUUCUUUUCAAGCUUUUAUUUGGUCGCACUUAAUUUUUACAUCCAGAGCCUUCCCUGAGAGAAUAUUAAAUUCCACUUGUGAGAUUUCCAAUGUGAUAUUGUUACCAAUCCUAGAUUUAUUGAACCAUAGCCAACAUUCAAAGAUUGAAUGGGCCGGUGAUAAUGGCGUGUUCAGCUUUAGAAAGUUAGAGCCUGUUGAAGUAGGUGACGAAAUAUUUAACAACUAUGGUGGAAAAAGUAAUGAAGAACUGCUGGUUGGGUAUGGUUUUGUUAUCGAGGACAAUAAGUGUGACUAUUUGGCAUUGAAGAUUAAACCUCCGUUUCCUGUCCUAAAAUCGAUGCUGAAGGCAGGCCUCAGUUUACCUAUCCUGGAUGACUACACGACUUUUGCAUUUGACACCUCAAUUGAAAAAAACAAUACUACCGAUAUAUCCAGGUAUUCUGAUGGUAUUUUAUACCUCAUAAAUAAGCAUAAUGACCAGCUCUUGUGGGAUUUACUCUCUGUAUAUUCUUUUCUGGAGGCAGGAGAUGAGGAAGAUCACAAUUCUUUGAGAUGCCAAUUACAGGGAAUCCAAAAUUUACGUGAGUCAAUUGAACAACGUUUAAAAACAACAAAUGUAGCUCCUAGGUGUCGAGCUUCGGAUUCACUGAAGUAUCAGAUCCUUUCUCGUAGAGCUCGAUAUGCUGAAGUGUAUCGUCAACAACAAGUUCAGAUUUUAAAAUAUUCCAUUCAAAGGCUCAAGGAUCUGGAAAAGGAUUUGGUAAAAUCUAACAAAGAUAAGUUGUUGACUUUCAAAUCAAUUUCGCAUUUAGAUAACGAUUUCCUAGAAACCAUUUUACCAGCUUUAUUUGAAUCAGAGACAGAAUUUGAAAACUAUGACGAAGUCAUGAUACUGUGGGUUGUCCUCAGAUCCAAAACUAGUCCAUCUCUUGCAAAUGGUAAAUUCAACUCGAUCCUCGAAGCAUACAAAAGUUUCCGGAAUGCUACAUCAGCUACUGAUUUUAUUAAGAUCCAAGAUUCUGAAGACUGGAAUAUCGCGAAGACUAAAUAUCUUACAUGGUUUCCAAACGGGACUGAUCAUUUUUCAUUAGAAGAUUUAUAUUUUGCAUUCGAUUUUUUUACGAGACACACUUACUUCAGACCAUCGAAAUCUGAAAGUAUUAUUGUCUUGGGUGAUUAA